AAUAUUCUACGCAGACGUGUCCCCAUAAUUUUUCUUAAUCCGUACAUCACGAAUUUCUCAUUACCACUUCACUUCCCGGGCCCACUCUCAAUCUCUCGCGCCUUCCGCUCUUCAUGGAUACUCUCCUUCUCCGCCGCCAGUCGCCAGCGCUGGCGAUGGAGUCACCGAACCCGAACCCGAAACGUCCAUGCUGCUCCGCCACUUCUGGCUUAAACCCUAAAUUCACCACCAGUUCCAAUGGUUUCAGUUCCUAUAUCGAUCACGACGUGCUAUUGGAAUCGUUUCUCGGUCUCUCCGAUUCCUCCUUUGACCUCUCCUUCAAUCGGCUUCUCGGUUCUAAAGCUUCCGAUUCGGAACAAAAUGAUAUGAUAAACCGCGCACUUCGAUUAGGAUCUGCGCUUCUCGAAGCUGGCAAACGAUCUGCCCGCGCGCGCGAUUCCAUGCAUAACGCCGUCGUUUGGGCUCUUCCCUCCGAUCUAACUAUAAAGGUGUUUUCAUUGCUUGACACCCAGAGUUUAUGUUAUGCUGCGGUCACAUGUUCCUUUUUCAAAAAUUGUGCCGCAGACCCUGCAUGCUAUGCUAAUGUUGACUUGAUCACAGUGGUUCCUAGAGUCAAUAAUGCUGUUGUGGCAACAAUAGUUCACCGUGCUGGAAAUGGACUCCAGUCUCUGAAGCUGGGCUUUGUACCUGGCCCACUUGCUGCAUCAUCGGGGUCUUCUCAAUCAGUGGUUAAUUUUAUAAGGAAAUCUACAGAUGCUGCAGGAUUCUCAUGGAAUAAUAAGAGGUCCAAGCAGGGCAAAGAGUAUUCUAUUCUUACAAGGUCUUGCCUAGCACCUCUGAAUGCUAAUAAUGGAACUCCAGGGGCUUGCUUGAGAAGGUUGCACCUGUACAAUAUUGAAAGACUGGACAAUAUUGCACUUAACGCUGCAUUGUCAGCCUGCCCAUCUUUGCUUGAUCUGGAAAUUGUUGGCCUUCAUGUGGAAUUAAGGCAGACACUGGAGUCUAUAAGUAAAUUUUGUCCCCUGAUUGAGCGUCUAUUCUUUGAAUCGUCAAAAACAGGUCGAGACGACAGUUUGAAACUGCCAACAUGCAGUGAUCUAGUGAGCAAUUGUCCUCACCUAUCUUCAUUGGCCCUAAGGGGAUUUAAGUUGCAUGAUUAUAAAGCUCGCAUACUCGUUAAGGGAUUUCGUAAAUUGAGGUACAUUGACUUUUCAACAUCCUACUCGAUUACUGGCGCUUUUCUCAAGAAUCUAGGAGGCAGUGCAGGUGGGGGCUUACUCCAGGUAUUGAUUUUGAGGGAUUGCAUGCAUUUGAAAGAAGUAGAAGUAGCAAGGCUAUUAGCAGCAGUGCUUGCAGGGGAUUUUGGGCAUCUUAAAUAUCUUGAUAUAUCAAAUCGAGAGGGCCUGGUAUCUGAAGGUGACUGGUAUCGUCGAUGCUACAGCCGUAGCUUUAUUCCUAUAGAGCGAUUGUCAGAAGAAAGGCCCGAUUUAUGUGUUUUAGCAGAGUUUUCUUUGGAAAGCAGCUUUAAUGAUGUUGAACAACAUAACAACAGUGAUGUGAAUAGCGAAAUUAACUCCUCGUCACACUUGAGCAGUCUUGCAUCUGAUAGCUCUUCAUUCAUGAGUACAUCAGAGAGCAGUGAUAGUAGUGAUCAAGGUAGUGGCAGCGAGGAUAGUUCAUUCAUGUAUGAAGAAAGCUCAGAUGAGGUGGACCAAGGUUCCAUCUAAGGUGGAAAUGCCCUUUUACAAGUGUUGACUGCAUGACUACCGUGUAUUUGCAUUUUUCGGGGAGAGUAUUCCAUAGUAUAGCAGCUGCUGGUGGUGUUGAACGUGAGAAGAUGGUAGAGCCGAGUUGAGAGAGAAUUCGCAAGCUCACGUCAUCUCUUUGUAGCUGCUUCAUAAGGUAGCCGGAAGUUGCUUUACUGAAGCAAUACAAUGACACCGAUUAGUUUUACCUAGAUAGAACAAGGACAGCUUUCUGUUCUUUCUUUCCCUUAUUGAGCAUACAGGCAAUCUGUCUCAAGGUCUCUUAUGUGAUGAAGUCACCAAUCAGUUGUACACUGCUGAUCAAUUUUUGCUUGAGAUGUGCUUACAAGGCUGUCUUCCUAUAUCUAUGCUAAUAAUUGAAAUGCUGUUAUCAGAUAAUAAAAAACUCAGCAUCAUAAUUCUUAAAGGUGGA